CAGAGUUGUCGUCAAGUAUUUGUCAAAAAUUUCCAAAUCGUUUGACUAUUAUAUAUUAAGCGCCAAACGACUAUUUUUCUUGUAUUUUAUUGUAAUGGUGUAUUCCGAUAGAUCAAAUAAAGCUGUUCGGAAGGAACCUAUGGGACCCCCGCAAACGGACUGUACAGUCUCAGAGUGUUCAGCAGGGUGUUGUUCAUCUACAUGUACUGCAGAAGAAAAUUUGGACGGAACAGAACCAAAGGCGGAAGGCACAGCUCUUCCAGAAAUAGAAAUUUCUUCAUCAACAGGAAACGAGAAUGAUUUUUAUAAAAUGAAAGCCGACGUUAAAGCCAAUCACUUUACUCCUGGGAAGAUCGAGUUUAAACGAAUCAAAAACAAGGCUUGUAAAUGUUUAAGCUUGACUCCGCGCAAACAAAAGGUUUCCAAACAAAACAUUGGCAAUAAGUUGAAAUUUUCGGAAACAAAAGCUCUUAUAGAGUCACCCAAGCGAAACGUUGGAGAAAAUGCUACGUUUUUAUCUCGUUUAAAGAGUUCAUUUCUGAAGAUGAGCCAAGGGGGUGUUCAAAAAGAAAAUCAAAGCGCUCGAUCACCUUCGAAAAGAGAUCCUGAAAAAAUCGACAUCUACUACUUUGAUCAUGGUAAUGCUGCUUAUUUUCGGACCACAGAUUGUCCACCUACGAUCCUGUCGGAGUUGCUGGCUCAACAAACCACGUAUUAUGCGACCCGGUUUUGGGCCGAAAUUUUUGGAAGUCUUCAUAUUGGCGUUACCUUCUUCAUAACGUUCUUUUUACAGGCAUAUCGUUUUAUCCUUUACAGUGUUGUACGAGCCAGUAUUAUUGGCUUUUUUCAAAUGACAUCGGAUUAUUUACUGAAACCGGUUUUAACAGUUUUAUUCAAUGGAGCCAUUCAACCAGUUUUGAUUUUGGUUUAUAAUGUACUGUCAUCAUUCAAGGAUAUGCUUGAACCUAUUGCUGAUACGAUUAUGAUGUUCCUAAAUCCAGUUGCUACUUUAUUGAAAUCAAUCCGUUUAGUAGCAUUUAACAAAAAGACUAUCAUUUAUAAUGAGAAAAAGCAGGAUGGGAUUUGUGAAGACUUGGAAGCAAUUUAAGACUUUGUCUUUUUGAAUGAACCUUUAAUAAAUAGAAAAUGAAUAUCUA